AGAGUCGUUUACUGAAUGUCAGCUCAGCUGAUGCUGCGAGCAGCACCACACGGAGCUUCAUACAUUUACAAACAUUAGGAUGGUGUUUUACCUCAGUAAUGUAAGUUUAGGGUCCUCGGGUUUGUUUUAAGGCUAAUUUUGUUGUAUUUUUAUUGCGGGUGAGAGAGAAAGCGAUGUAAAUAACGCGGUGAGUAAGGUUAGGUUAUCUGGGCAAGUUGAAUGUGUGAGUGAGGAGAGGAGGGAGAGGCGCUGGUCUGGGCGUUAUCUCCUCAGCGAGGUGCCGCUGAGUGUUGGGCUGUUUGGUGGGGAAAUUGAAUAAAAGGCGUUUUAUGUGGAAAUAGUGUGGGAGAAUAUGCGAACAUGGGUUCCAGACUGAGCCGCCAAAGCAGUCUGGACAACGACGGGUUCUCGGCGAAGCGCCGGAGGCACCUGGACAGCACCGGGGAGCGGGAGCGGAGCGGCAGCCGAGGCAGCGGCGACUUCAUGCUGCUCAGACCGGACAGACUCUCAGGGAUGCUCCGCCGGAGCGACCCGAGUCCCUACGCAAGGAGGGUGGCGUGGAUCCGGGAGAUCCAGCAGCUUCUGCGGCAGAAGAAGAGCGAGGAGGCUACGGACGUGCUGAGGAGGCUGAGGAAGGACCUGGGGUUAGAGGGAACGUCCCUGAACGAUAUCCUCUACAAGAACGCUGCUUUCCUAAACCUGGUGGACCCCAUUUCUCACGAGCUGCUCCUGAGCCUCGCCAAAGACAUGCAGUGUCCUAAGAAGGAUUCGGACUUGCUGAAGUCAUCAGAUAAGAUCUGCAGGCAGCUGAUCUACCACCUGACGCCGCACUCUAAGUGGCUGAGACAGAGCAUGAGCCGGAGAAAAGCUCAGGCCUGUCUUAAAACCACCCUUCAGAAGAAGCUCUGCAGCGACUCGGUGGACCUCUCUGGCAUCCCCCUAUCGAUGCGUGAUAUACGACAUGUGGCGUAUUAUCUCCAGACCAGCGGGGGUGCCGUGAUCUCUGUGGACCUGAGCUUUACCGAGCUGCGGGACGAGGGUCUGAGGCUGCUGCUCCCACUGCUGUGCACACUGCCUAAACUCACCACGCUGGCUCUCAACGGAAACCGCCUGACCAUGGCCAUCAUGAAAGACCUGACCGAGGCCCUGAAGAACCCCAAGAGCUUCUCUUGUCUGGCCUGGAUUGACCUUGGUAACAAUGUGGACAUUUUCACCAUGCCUCAGCCCCUCCUAGUGGCCCUGAGGCGGCGGUGCAGCCUGAAGAGCAGCCUGCCCACCAUCUACGAGUACACAGAGGGGCAGCCCUACUGCUAUCAUAUGGAGAGCUCCAUAGAGGAGCCCAGUCUCUACGAGGAAGAGCAGGAACUGGACGAUGACGACUUGGACGACAAGCUGGAUCUUGAGCAGUGGAGCAUUGGAGAGCAGAAAAGUUCUGGCAGUUUCACCCUGCACUACUGCGAGAGGUGAAGCAACCUCCUUUGACCCCUGCAGUGUUAGCCAACGCUGGGCGAGAGACAUAGGGAAUACAUGAGACAGAGGGAGAGAGAGAGAGAAAGAAAUUGGUCUCUUUCUUCAUUAGUUCUCCCAAACCGUGAACACUGUUCACCCUCUUGUCCUUCACUGUUGCUUCAUGAGUUAAACCUGUCUCUCCAUCGUGGCUUUGUGUGAACUGACACCAUCACUUUCACAGAGCUGUGGGCUCCACAUGUUAGCCAGUGGGACGGCUAGGCUAUGCUUAAGCCUCUGAGCACAGCACACAGUGACACACGCAGGCCUGAACUCACCGUUUUGGAAGACGAUGCUCCUCAACGCAGGGUGAGGGUUCAUUGGAGGGAACCAAGAGGAGUUUUGGAGAGGGUUCCCCACUUCUCUCGCAAAGAGGCCGUGACAGAGAACAGGAAAUCAAAACGAAAAAAAAAAGAAAGAAAAUCCCAAGUUGUUUUAGGAAGAUUGGGCUAACGUGAUUAGCUGAGGCAUAACGGUGGUGUUUUUCAGGGCCUGAGCAUCCACAUACGCGUUUAGCUAAGCUAAGGUUGCUGCUGCUGGUGGUGAAGGUGUUGCUGAUGUUGGUGGGGGGGGAGGGGGGGUGGAAUGGUCAGGUUCGGCUAUGUUUUUCAGGGUCGGGUGGCUGAGGCCGACCGGCCCUAUCUCACCACUGUGUGCUCUGCUAAUCUCCCAACAAAAGCCAUGAGACCAGCUCAACAAACCGCACAGCCCACCCUCCGUCACGUGACCAGCGCAAAACUGCUAAGUCAAGACUUUUGCGUUUUUUUCCACCCCUUUCCAAAAUGCUCACUUGUGAAUACUCACUCAUCAUUUGUGUCGUGUCUCUGUGAAUGAUGAAACAGAAACAUAACGCUCUUGUGAUGCCAGAGGCUGGUCUUCUUUUGUUGGACAAAGCCAUCUUAGGAGACCACAGGAACAGUUCAAGUGAAGGUCACCGACAGUUCUUCUUUCCCACACCAGUUUACAUUGUAAUCUACGUUAACAAAUGGACUUAUUUAAAUGUCACAAACAGUAGCGCUAAGGCUACUGUACAUUGCAUCCACUGUUUUUGACAUUGAUCACCUGCAAUUGCUGGAAGGACAGUCAUUUUAGGGAUUUGACCUGUUGCUAACAUUAGCACAGAGAUUUUAAAAGGCAACAGUUUGUUUGGGGGAAAAAACAUUUAAAAAAACAUUUUGACCUGCUUUCUGAAAAAAGACUAGCUUGUAUUGAGAACUAGUCUAUCCAUAGCCAGUUAGCCUACCUUGACCUAUUGAUAUAUUGAGAAUUAGCCUACCUUGACCUAUUGCUAUUUUGAGAAUUAGCCUACCUUGACCUAUUGCUAAAAUUAGUUUGUACAGUAUAAAAGGAAACAAUUAAAAUAUAAACAAUUAUCAUAAAAAUAUCAUAUAAAUUAUCCUAAAAUAUCAUAUAAAAUUUUUACAGUAUGGUUAUUGCUAUCCAAAAUAAGUCUACUUUGGCUAGCUAACAUUAACAUCAUUCAGACUAUUCAGAGGAAAACAAAAAUAUUAAUUAAGUAUUUGUCAUUACAGAUAAACAGAUAAAUAACACACAUUUUAAAUGGGUCAGUUAAACGCUAUUACCUUUUCAGUAUUUAAUCUGAUUUUUUAAAGAUGAAUCCUUAAUGUUAAGUUUGUUAGCCACUACAGUAAACUAGCCAACCUACGUUUAGCUUAUCUAGACCUUUGGCAUAAACCCCAGCUGAUGUAAACACUUUAAAGGUGGCAGUUUAACACUUUUAUGAAGAAACAAGUAAAUUAUAGAUCUUUUUUUCACUACUGUUGAGUAUAUGUUGAGUUUAUUUCCCACUAUCUAACUUAGCCUACCUACAAUUAGCGCACCUGGGCUAACAUUAGCCUCAGUGGGCGUAAACACUGUUUUGAGUGAAAUACGAUGUUAAAAACACUGGUCAUUUGAUCAUUUGUCAGUAUUUUUCCUGAUUCUUGAAGAAGACCAUGUUGAGUUUAUUUACCUCUUUCUAAAGCUACAAUGUUAAGAAUUAUAUACUAGCUUGCUUAGUGUUAGUGAAUUAGUUCAUGUUUGCUAAGCAUUGUUUCUACAUUUAUAACCAACUACACAUAAUCUACCUGAUGUAUCAAGUCUACCACUUAAUGUUUUUGUAUUAUUUAGUUUGUUGUUAUCAGUAAACAAAGAACAGGACUGUGUGGUAUUAGCAGGUCGUUCAGUUAGCUGAGACAAGGACUAGCCCUGCUUGAGCUUUGGGUAACUGGUUUCUGAACUACUGCUUCUUUUAGCUGUCUUAACCCUUUAAAGCACUGUUGACUGGCAGUGUCCUCUGGCUUCCCAGACUAAAGGACAGUUUUGUAAUGUCUUGCUAAUGUUCCAAAAAAAAAAAACUAAACUGGCUUUUUCAUAUAAAGGGUCCAUAUAAGAAAUUCUUUAGAUUUAAUAAUUGAUAAAAAUGUGAUUUUAGCCUAAUACUACUGAUACUUAUUUUUUAAUAUAAUUUUUAAUAUAAUUAAUUUUUCUUUAAUUUGACAAUGUAAAUCUGGCUGUUGUUAUAUAUAUAUAUAUAUAUAUAUAUAUAUAUAUAUAUAUAUAUAUAUAUAUAUAUAUAUAUAUUGUUUUAAUAUAAAAUUAUAAUGGACAAACAGAAAUGCUCCAGAAUGGAAUAAUAAUAAUCGGCAUACAUUCCCUUUUAUAUUUUCUUCUCCUGUAAAGUUACCAUUUUGGAGAAAUGGUAUGCAAAUGAGCUAGGUUGUGAUUGGCUGACCUGUAUUGCACCCCACUCCAAAAGCUGUCUAAAACAGUUUGUAUAGCAUGAAUAGAAGGAGCUAAAGAAAUAGGUAACCUGUAAACUGUGUAGGUAAAGAUACUGUUAAGAUGCUGUUUUUGCAGAUUAGUCUUCACAUCUGGAAUCCAAAGUGAAUGGUCUGCUUAAAGAAAAUGAAGAGACUUUGGUUUUCAGUGAAAUGGGCUCUUUUGAAAAGGCAUUUCCAGGGUAUUAUUGCACCGUUCAGAUUCUAAUCACUGGGAGUUGUUCUGGGAAGAAGCUGCAGAUGAUUGUAUGGUUGUUGUUUUAGCUGCUGUAUGCUAAAUCCUCUUGUCUUUCGUGUGCUCUGUGUGUAUUAAUGUGUAUUAAUCUGUACUGAUUUAAUGUUGUCUUAAUGUCGUCUCUGUGUUGGUAUUGGUCUCAUGUUGCGCCUGCUGUGAGGGUCGUGUCCUCAAGCCGGUUUCCACCAAACAUCGGCUUUCACAGGACUGAGCAAUAACUGUAGCACACUGCAGAAAAUGACAUCUUGGUGGGCAAGUUUUUUUCAUUGUAGUUAAAGUAUGUCAUAUUUUUCAUUAUAAGGAUAUUGUGAUAUAUUGUGUAUAAGUAGUACUGUAUAAAAUAUACAGUGUACAGUAUAUUGAGAUAAACUGUAUUAUUAAUAUUAUUAUAGUAUAAUAAAAUGCAGUGUAAGUCUAAAAUUAUACAAUAUUUAACCUAUUUCUGGAUAUUUUACCAGACCCUAACAGAUAUAUUGGUUGGUCUACAAUAAUGUUAGACUUUCACAGUGGUGUCAGAGGCUACGUUCACAUUACCAGAUUGAAGUGACUCAAAUCUGAUUUUUUUUGCUCAUUGUGCUCAUUGUGGCUCAUAUCUGCUCAUAUUUUCUCAUGGCUGUGUGAACAUGCCAAAUUCUAUUUUUUCAAAUCAGAUUUGAGGCUAUUUCCAUAUGUGGUCCUAAAUCAGAUACGUAUCUGAUCCAUGGACAUGCGACAUGAAUGUGAACGGUCAAAUCAUAAUUCAUGCGUCUUUUUGCUUUAACCAUGCGCUACGUGCUUCUCUCUCGUAACCACACAUCUCUUGGUGCAGCUGUGCAGCUAUAUCUGCAAAAACAGCAAAAGCAAACCACCUUUCAUCUCCUCGACCUGAGCAUGUACUUCAGACCAGCUGUUUGCUCUCCACUCCAGCAAAAGAUGCUCCAUUUCCCUUUAUAAAGCUACGAGUUGUCUCUCAAAUAUGACGUUUUUUUGAUGGUGGAAAAGGAAAUGUUUAUACACCUAUCAAUGUGCGCAUGUGAGGCGUUUUAUGGACAGAUUCGUUCACAUUACACACAGAUACAGGUCAUAUACAUUUGUGAAUGUGAACCGUCAGUAUAACCAAUUCUGGGUUGAGCACAAAAAAUCGGAUUUGAGCAAUAUGGCUUGUAAUGUGAACGUAGCCAGAAUCAGUAUCAACCACAAAUUUGAACUGCAGUAACUUUUAAGUAAUUUCAUUAAUCUAACUUGUAUUUAGAAUGUUAUUUAAUCAGCAGAUCAUUUUGCUGGAUUCAAUAAACUAAGUUUUUAAAGUAUGAUAAUUCCUAGGGAUGCACUGAUACCACUUUGUCCCUUUUAAUACCGAUACCGAUGCCAGAUUUUCAAAUUUUUGCUGAUAUACAGUAUGAAUUUGAAUCAGUAGAUACAUUUACUCAAAACAAUUAUAACAAAUAUUCUAAAAAUAUGUAUAAUAUUCUUACAGUCGUCUCAUAAUAACAAAUAUUGUUCAUAUUAACUACCUUUACCUAUUUCCAUUUUUGCAGUGUAUAAUUAUUAUUGUAUCAAAAAAACGCUCUUUAACAUCUGCUACAUCACUGAUGAUACAGAGAACCAAAUUACUUAUCUUUUGAUAAACUUGCUUACAUGCUUUGUAUGUAAAAGAUUACUGUUGUUGAAGCCCUGUGUGUACAUGACCCCUGAACAAUACACCCCAAAACACAUUAGCAUACUAUAGUGAGACCAAACCGUCAUCAAUUUAUAACCAGCAUAGUGAUGCACCUGAGACCACCCUGCCAACUUAACUGUGUCACUAAUAUAAACACACGCUGAGCUUCCUGCCGUACACAACGAUGGUGUCGUGUGUCACUGUUCACUGGAAUCAUAUAAGCUAUCGAAGAGAACUCUCACCAUCUUUUCAAAAUUCUCUAUAUAAUUGACUUGGUAAGAUGUGAAGAUGUGAGUCAUUCAGAGUGGGUUUGGUGAGAAACGCUGAACUGGAGAUAAAUUUACCCAGUCAGAAUUGUUGACAGUUGGGAUGAAUUGAACCAGAUGUUUGAAGCUCUAAAAGCUCCCACACAGAAUGUUAUUACACCACCAGAUGGUUAUGAAUACACUGCCUGAUGCCUGAGACACUUUUCUACCAUACUUUUGAAUAGAUUUUGAGUCUAAAACAGGUUUUUAAUAAUUGCAUGAUAUCAAAAAUGGGAUACAUGUAGUGUUGUGUGUAGGCCUGUCAUGAUAUAUAUUUUUUUGGAUGAUAUAUUGUCCCAGAGAUAAAUGUGAUAUUGCGAUAUUAUGGUCAUUUUAAGACUAUUUCCUGCAACAAAUAUAAAUAUAAUAGGAUAGAAUUUUUCUUAAAGUAUACUGUAUAACUUUUAAGGAUUUUUCUAUUUUAAACUAUGAAGAUCCCCAUUAACAUGGUUUAAGGGACCUUCAAGAAAAGUUUUUUAGUAAAGAAAAAGUUCUUUUUUAGCACCUUAAGCUUUUUUAAAGGUUUCUCCAAGCCCCUUAUGGGGUUCCACCGUAGUAUUAAAAUGAAAAACCCUUAAAAGUCUCUCAAGAAGCUUAAACUUUACAACUUUUCAAUGAUAAUAAUAAACAUUUAUUAAGACUCCAUUAUUUAUGCACUGGUAAUUGUGCGUAUGUAUAAAACAUCGGUGAUAUUAGAUUAAUUAGUAUGCAAACAAAGAAGCCAGGAAACACAAUGGAUGAUAUGAUAUCAAAGUCAGCAAAGAUUACUGAGGUUGAGACUAUUUAUUUUAUAAAAAUGAGACAAUAAGACGGUUGUGUAAUUAUCAUGACAGGGUUAUUUUGUAUUUGUUCAGAUGUAGCACUGUUUUAUCAUUGUUAACAUUCCAUAAAAAACUACAUGUAGAAGAAACGUGUGUGUGUGUGUGGGUUCACUGGUGUAGUCAUGGUUGUUGUUUCUCUAUAGUGAAGCACAGUUUCUCCCUGAACCCAACUCUAAAUGUGUUCAUUUCCAAACACCAAAUUAUGCAGAGAAUUUUAAGAAUUCUGUGAAGUUCUCUUUUUAAGGCAGGCUGGACGUUUGUCCUAAUUGUAUAUGUGUGCAUUUGAAUAAAGAACUUGUUUGUGUUCUGUGUUAGAGCAUCAUGUAUUAAACAAUACUUUAUAAGACUGUUAUAAAGCCUCUUGAGUAAUAAAACUGCUUAUAAUGCAAUAAGCUUCUGCUUCU